AUGGCCACUGUUGAAGGAACUCUUCUCGCCCAAGGAAGAACAGCUCCUUCGGCGACGACCAUGUUUUCGUGGGUGUUUGCCAUUCUUAAGAGCUCAGCUGCAACUGAAGAAGAAGAAGAAGAAGAAGAAUCCGUGACGCAUGUUUCUGCAGCUUUGCGGGGCGUCUUUGGCUUUCGCAAGAUCUCCAAAAUGAGCUCGCACCACCUUCUGCCCGUGCCGCAGCUGCGCCGUCGAUUUCGCAGCAUUUUCGGACUGCCAGAGCUGGUGCUUUUAGCCGCCACUCUUUCCUGCGCGCGAGGACAGCCGCCACUCUGCUUGGAGGAGUACCGUAAGAGGAACCCCCAGCACACGGCCUGCAAGUCGUUGCUCAACCUUACGGGACUUCCAGCUUACGGGGGACAGAGAGUGAACAAGAACGUCAUCCUGGGGCUCAUCAACUCCUUCCGCAGCAACGUAGCGCUCGGCAACUGCAAGGACUUUCCGAGCGCCUCCAACAUGUUGAAGUUGGAAUGGGACGAGGAACUGUUUAACCUAGCCUACGUGCACGCCAGUUACCUCCUCAACGCUUCAGGCUGGCCCUUCCACGACGACGUGGCGAACCGUUUCACGAGGAGGUUUGAAAAAACGGGCCAAAGCGUCACUCGGCUGCACAACGCGACGCACCGGUACGUCUCGUACUGGAACGGCGUGAUCAGGGAAUGGUUCUCGGAGCACGCCCGUUUGACGCCUUCGUCGGUGAGGUAUUACGAACCCCUGGCCUCUGCCGAAAACGUCACCCAGAUGUGGUGGGCCGAGACGGGCUUCGUGGGCUGCAGCUACUCGACCAUGGUGUUCACUGUGCCGAGUGCGUCGGGCGGGCCGGAUCAAUACGUCUACGAGCACGCCUACGUCUGCAAUUUCGGACCGGCGGGCAACAAACCCGCGAGCCCGGUCUACUUGCAGGGCCCGCCGUGCAGCCGCUGUCCCAGAGGAACCAGAUGCGAGCCGACGUCGGGCCUCUGCGGGACCGAGCCGGUGCCUCCGUGGCCACAGCUGCGGGACGACGAGCCACUGCCGCCACUGCCAGUGGCGGCCGCCGCACUGGCUCCAGCAGCGGCGCUAGUUGGGGCCACUGCUGCGCUGCACAUUAUUUAAACCACGUGCGCAACUUGUGCUGCCCUCUACGAUAAAAAAAUUCUGCGCGUCUCGUGCAUCAUGGUUUGGCGACCACAUCACAUCACUUUGUUACCCUAAAGACCCAAAAUUUGGGGAUAUUCCAUGACGGGUGGAUGCAGGUACACGUGAUCGCGUAUACAAAAAAAAAUAAUAAUUGGGCGAUUAUGGCAGUUAUGCAAUUAGAAAAUGUAGAUGGGCAGGUGAUCGCAGUGACGUCGUGUGGA